AUGCCACCUAAAAGGAGGAAACUUUUGGGACGGCGCACGGCAGCUGCCUCCGCUGCUAGAGCAGCGAGGGCGAGUGAAACCCCUGAACAGACUUCUUUGCGUCUUUCACGGAUGGCCUCGAGCUCAGCUGCUGCUCGCUUAUCUACGGAAAGCGCCGCUGCGCGGACUGAAAGGUUGGCUUCAGCGGCUUCAACCAUGUCUGCACGCCGCGCCAGGCUUUCAGUUGAAGAACUCCCCAGCACACAAAAAACCCUUCGUCGUUUGCGUGAUGCCACCGCCAAAGCUUGCUCCAGGGGUUUAGAAAGCCCCGAACAAACAACUUCACGUCGUCUAAGGAAUACUAGGGCUACAGCCGCCUCUAGAGCUUCGGAACAACCCCAAGAAACCGCUCAUCGUCGCUUUAGAAAUGCCCUAUCCACCGCGUCUGCCAGAGCCUUAGAAAGCCCUGCACAGACCACUGUUCGUCGCUUUAGAAAUGCCCUCUCCACUGCAUCUGCUAGAGCCCUAGAAAGCCCUGCACAGACCACUGUUCAUCGCAUUAGUAAUGCCUGCUCUACUGUGUCUGCCAGAGCCCUAGAAAGCCCUGCACCAACCACUGUUCGUCGUGUUAGAAAUGCCGCUCUACUGCGUCUGCCAGGGCUGCAGAAAACUCUGAAGUACGCCGUCAACGGCUCUCGAAAAACAUUAGCAACUUCGAGCUUCUUUGAAUGGCGUAAAUUCGCCGUCUGCGUCAUUUUGGUCAAAUGCCGCAUACAAUUAUGA